CGUGUUUGUGUUCCGCCUCUAAUAAUAUCUGCUCUGGCUCUGAGCCUGCAGUGCGACGUGAAGUCAGGUGUUGGUUAUGAUGCAGUGACACUUGACGAUCGGUCUAUUGUGGGUUCUUCAUCAAAUGGUGUUGGGAUCGUGACAUCCGACGCUGAGCUGCCUGUGACCAUGGUAACGAGGCAAGUGGUGUUACUGUUGGCGCUGACGUCGUUGGCCACAGCAGGUGCGCGGUCCACUAGGAGCAGAGACAUUCAACUUGGUGGUGGGGCUGAUUUCACAGAGAAGGUAGCCGUGGGUGACAAGUUACGACUGCGUUGUGACUCUGUCGCAAACGUCAGCUGGUACAAGGAUGGCACUGUCUUACGAUCCAGGCUUCCCCAGGUCAAGAUUACCAGACAGGCGGUGAAGUUCAGGGCAUUGCAAUUCGCUGAUGCUGGCAGAUACGGCUGCUGUGUGAGAAUGGAGAAUGGCACUGAACAGUGUCGUAAUGUCACUCUGAUGAUACAUGAUGCCAUUGAGCACGCAAACUCUCUCCAAGAUGUGGCAGCAGCGCACCUUCCUGAAGUGAUUGAGCGGCGUGAAGAUCUGACCACGGGUGGUGAGAGCUACAAUUACGAACUUCAUCCUGGGAAGAGACUGGAUGAUGCAGAUGUGAUGCUCAGAGCAAACCUGACGUCCAUGUCACUUGUACAUGAACUGGAAGACACUGUGGUCGGUGAGAAUAACCAUGCAGUAGGAGUACAUAAUAAGACAUUGCCUCAAAUGGCGCCGCAUUUCAUGGAAACAAACGGCAUGAACCGUGCAGUGACGAAACCUGCUGGAAGCAUGGUGCGUCUCAACUGUCUUGCAGAAGGAAACCCAGAGCCGAACAUUACUUGGACCAAGGACGGAAAUAUUCUAAGUAAUCUCUAUUAUGGUCAGUGGUCAAUGAAAAUGGAAGAGACAGCUGUGCGGGACUCUGGAAAUUACACAUGCAUUGUCUGUAACUUGGUUGGCUGCAUAAACUUCACAUUCAAAGUCAACAUUAUCGAUCCUCACGAUCAGAAACCAAAGCUGACUGAAGUCCUACAAAACUCAACUGUCAUGGUCGGACAGAAUGCAUCAUUUCAUUGUGAAGUUCUAUCUGGGCAUCCACAAAUUACAUGGUUUCAGGGGUAUUUCACCUCCUACAAGAAUGAAAAGUCCAGAAUAUAUACCAACACUCCAGAAGUUCUAGUUAUCAGAAAUGUGACGUUUGGAGAUAAGGGUUGGUACACCUGUGUUGCUGAGAACAGCUUUGGAGAGACAUUUGGCAAUGCAUAUCUUCAUGUUGUUAGCAUUUCAGAAAAUCCCACUUCGUUAUCCCAGAUGAGUGACCAAGAGGACUCCCAUGACACUGAGACUAACCGAGUAGCAGGGGAGUACAAUGAGACUGUUCCACAGAUGCCUCCUCGCUUCACUAAGCCUGGCAACAUGAAUCGUGUGGUAGCAAAACCUGCUGGGAACAUGCUGCGUUUGAAAUGUCCUGCAGAAGGCAACCCAGAACCCAAUAUCACCUGGACGAAGGAUGGGUCUGCUCCUGAUCGUAAUUUGGGCAGCAUCCGCAGUGGUCGCUGGUCUCUCAUACUAGAAGACUUGGUGGUGUCAGACUCCGGAAAUUACACGUGCAUAGUGUGCAACUUGUGCGGCUGCAUAAACUUCACUUUCAAAGUGGAUAUCAUUGAACGAUAUCCUCACAAGCCAUAUGUGAAGGACGAUUAUCCGCGCAAUGUUACGACAUUGGUGAACACAACAGUGAAGUUUGAGUGUCCCACAUACUCUGACCUUGAGCCUCACAUACAGUGGAUAAAGAUGCCCCACAUGUUCGAGGAAGGAAUAGACUCUGUGGAUGACAAUUACACUAUCCCUAUUCAGUCCAGUAUUCCAACAGAAACUGCUGAAGUACUGGAGCUUAGCAACGUAUCGUAUGAUGAUGAGGGGUGGUACACCUGCAUCGCAGGAAACAGCCUUGGAAUGACAUACGCCAGCGCAUAUCUACAUGUUGUUGAUAGUUUGGAAGUCGAGCUCACACAGACGCCGAAACUCCAGCCCACUCUGGUGAAUAUCGUAGCAGUAGUCCUCUGCACACUCUUCCUGGCGGGAGUGGUGAUCAUGAUUGCCAUAUUCCACAGGCUGAAGAUCAAAAGAGAGAAAAUGAAGAAGCUCCUUGCAAUCGAGACGGCACGAGCAGCAGUGGUCACCCAAUGGACAAAGAAAGUGAUUGUAGAGAAACAGAACCUUGCCAGUGCCCAGAACACACAAGAACCUCUCCUGAUGCCAAUAGUGAAAAUUGAAAAACAGAAGUCACACAGCCAGAUGGGAACUACAUCUUCAGGCUCAGACCUCAUGAUCUCAGAGUAUGAGCUUCCACUUGACACCGAGUGGGAAAUACGACGCGACAUGCUCACUUUGGGCAAGUCUCUAGGCGAAGGAGCUUUUGGAAGAGUGGUGAAGGCGGAGGGGCAGAACAUAGUAAAACAAGGAGUCGGCACAAUUGUUGCAGUUAAGAUGCUUAAAGAGGGCCACACAGAUACGGAAAUGAUGGACUUGGUGUCCGAGAUGGAGAUGAUGAAGAUGAUAGGCAAGCACAUCAACAUAAUCAACCUGUUGGGUUGCUGCACGCAGGACGGACCACUGUAUGUUGUGGUGGAGUAUGCCCCGCACGGAAACCUGAGGGACUUCCUACGACAGCAUAGACCCUCAUCUGGUUAUGAGCCUGCCAUUGGCACGGACCUCAAAGAGAAGAAGACGCUCACCCAGAAAGAUCUUGUCUCUUUUGCCUACCAAGUUGCCCGCGGUAUGGAGUACCUCGCCUCCCGGAGAUGUAUCCACCGUGAUCUGGCUGCUCGCAAUGUCCUGGUGAGUGAUGAUUAUGUUCUGAAGAUUGCUGAUUUUGGUCUAGCAAGAGAUAUCCACUGUCAUGAUUAUUACCGCAAAACCACUGAUGGCCGACUGCCUGUGAAAUGGAUGGCCCCUGAGGCUCUAUUUCACCGUGUGUACACAACACAGUCAGACGUGUGGUCAUAUGGCAUCCUGUUAUGGGAGAUCAUGACACUGGGAGGCACCCCAUAUCCAUCGGUACCGAGUGUCGAGAAAUUGUUUCAGUUGCUUCGCAGUGGACACCGAAUGGAGAAACCACCCUGCUGUUCUCUUGAAAUUUACAUGUUGAUGCGUGAUUGCUGGAGUUACCAACCAAAUGAGAGGCCGAUGUUCGGGGAACUCGUUGAAGACUUGGAUCGCAUUCUCACCAUCACUGCCAAUGAGGAGUAUUUAGACCUCGGACUGCCUCAGCUUGACACGCCUCCUUCCAGUCAGGAAUCCAGUGAAGAUGAGGAAAUAUUUCCGUACCUCUUGUAGCAGGACAGGAGACAAGGAUGGGACUUUUGGUGAGGUUUCUGCCACAUCAGACUCUUGAUGCAAGAAAGUCCAUGACCUCCACCUAUAAUUACACUUGAUAUUGGGAACUGGAUAUAUGUGUGUGUACAUGAUGACGUUACUUUGGUUACUCUCUUUUGACAUCUUGACACACAUUUGUUAGUCGAGUUUGUGUUUGUGCACUGAAGAUGAAUCAUUCUCACUGUGGCUCAAAGAAACUUCUUUUAAGUGUUUGACAUUGGUCAGUACAUGUAACUAGUCAUUUAAGAGACAUGAGGUGUGUUCUGAGUGAACUCAACUGUGCUUGAAUCACAAUGGAAAGUGCCUCGGGAAAUAUUUAUGCCUAUAUUUUUUUAAAGAGUACAAAGUGUUGUAAGUUAUGGAUUCUGUUUUUCUUCUCGUAUUUAUGCCUUACAGUCAAAAUGUGAGCUUCGUAAGUUGUAUUAUGCCUUUUUUAUAUAUUAAAACUAAUGUAAGGUAAGGUGUGUGCUGAUUUGAAAGCAGUAAUUGUGCAUGACAUGGAUCAUAUAGCUUGAAAUGGAUGUAAAUGUUACCAGGUUAUCCCAUAACAUAAUUAAUUGUAACUAAUGUCAAAGUAUUUAACUUUAAUUUUUGUAGAGAUAUUCAAGGAAAUGAGGGCUGAUUACCCUCAACUUUGUUCAAGAACAAUAUUGUGCCGGUGGUACUGUACAUUUUCUAGAGUCCUGAAGGUAAUAUUAUGAUUAUACAAAUUUAUGGUAAUGUGUAUGGAAACAAAUGCUCCAUUGAGGAGCUGUGCACAAGAUUGAGAGGGUAAACUGUGCACUGUUAUUAGAACAUUAAACUACAGUUGUUACUGCAUUAUGAACAGGACUACAUGAGGGAACAUUAUUAAAUAUAAAUAUAAACAUUUUUUCAAUUUCAUCAUUGCAAAUUCAUUUGGACAUCAGAAGUUUAUAAUUCCAAAUUAAUUUUACUGUAAACCCAGUGUGCAUUGCUCACUGUAACAUAAUCUAGGCACAAUAAGUUGAAGCAUUUCAAAACAGAUAGUUUUAACCUGUUUUAAUCGUAUACAGUCAGUUGUUAUAUAGCAGAGUUCAGAGUACUUCUCAAUUAGGGUUUUUACCCACACAAACGUUUAUUAGUCCUUAUGUUUUGAUAUUGUAUCAUAUUGUGAACUUGCUUUGCUGUAAUUUGAGCAGUCCCCAAUGUUGAUAGUUUUGAAUUAUUAAAAAUCAACAUUAAAUUGUUCAUUGACAUUAACCAUUCUUUUUGUUAACAAUUUUAGAAAUUCCGGUGCUAUCAAAAUCACCAUAUAAUGGUGUAUAAUCAUGUGGUGUAUUUCAUUUGUGUGGAAUACAAAAUUUAUUUACCCAUGGUUUGUUUAAUGAUGCUGUCAUGUGUCUCAGUAUAUAUUGUAAAAUUGUAGGAUUAUUAAUCAACAAUGUAUUGGAAAGUAUAUUUAAAGAAGUUAUGAUGGCCUGAUUUAAGGUACUAUCACAGCAUUUGCCUGGAGGGACUAAGGAUAUUCAUGAAAAACCUCAGUUUGUUUAGCCGGUCUUCAGGCUGAGACUUCAACUUCGGAAUUCCUGACUAUGAAGUAGGAGUGCUAAUAAUACAAAAGACUGGCUCAUCCCAUUUAUGCUGUCAUUUUGUUAAUUAUUUUCCAUUUGCCAAAACCUUUCUUUGAUAAAUUUAGAGUUUUCUGUUUCAAAAGGUGUAGAAUUAGUUCCUGGUGUUAACAACAACAUAUAGAAUUCUAUAACUAUUUUUAACAAUUUUACCUUACUCCGUGCCUUAUAUAUAGAAUUAAAAACAAUAUAAAAUCAAUAACAUUCUAUAAAGUAUGAUACAUGAUUCCAAUAUUACUACAUGGGACUAUUUCAGACAGUAUUAAACUGCUACAAUGUAAGGUUCAGAAUUUUGGAAGUUCAUUUCUCCGCAUAAAAUUAAUUUUGUUGCUAUCUUGAAAUGUUUAUUCUACUCUAAGUAUGAACUUUGUACUGUUACCAAGUUGAAUAACCUGUGUAUGUCAUCCAAUGAACUGUACUGAAAUGUAGCUGUUGUAAAAUGUUGCAUUGUGUUGUGACUGCACUGAAUUGUUUGUAGAUUAUUUUUGGUUAUACACCUCUUAUCUAAAUCCUGUAAUUUGGUACUGUAAUUGAUCUCUAGGCUGCAGGUUUGUGUGAUGAAACAACAGAGGAUUAAGUCUAACAUUAUUUGUUAUAUAUUUGUAUCUGUGCAUUAUAACAGAUUUCUAAGAUUGCUCAGCAUUUGUCAUUAUCUGAGUACUUUCUUGAUAUGAUUUAUGUUUCAAUUAAAUACAUCUUUGUAUUUUUUUUUAAAUUUAACACAGAACAUUACUGGUUAAGAAAGAGGUAGCUUUUGAAACUGCAGCUUACAAUUGUAAUUCAUAAUAUUUUGGAAAAGAAACAUUUAAGGUUAUUAAAUUAAUGCAGAUCAGUGUGAGUAUGACUGAUAUGUAAAUAGGAUAAAUAUAGAUUUAAAAAAAACUUUUAUAAAGAACUCUUCAGUUUCAUUCUCCAGUUAGUAUUAAUUCUUGAUAUGUUUCAGACAGUCAUGUUUCAUAUGAACCCUAUUUUUAAAUAAAUAAAUGUAAAUAAAAAACCUAGGACCACCUAUGACACGGUCAAAUGUAAAGUGAAGCUAUUGUAAUUGAACCAAAUUGGUCACAAACCUCACCAACUGCAGUGGAGCAAAUUCCAGAAACAACCAAUUAAUAAUGUAUUUAUCUGACUCAUGGAAGAAUAACAAUUCCAUAACACAGUAAUGAAUAAGUUA